AUGGCGAAUCCGGACUCUCAGACGAUAGAACUGGAUCGUGAGUUUCUCGAUACUGUCACAUUCCACGGUCGAGAGUAUCAGAAAUAUUCGAUCGAUAACCGCACAUAUUUCGGGCCAGUUGAUGAGGAAGAAGCAGAACGGCUCGAGGACGAGCAGCAAGUCUUCCAAAAGAUUUUCGACAAUCGCCUCAUAUUUCCACCAAUACGUCGACUUCGAAGAGUGUUAGACUGUGGGCAUGGAUCCGCAUCCUGGGCUGUCGAGGUCGCUGAGCAAAAUCCCAGUUGCGAAGUCACCGGCGUGGACAUUGCCCCGCACAUGAAUCCAGACGAUGUCCCUGACAACUUGUGGCUUCAGGUUGAUGAUUUGAAUCGCCGCUUCACCUUUCCCAGUCAACAUUUCGACCUUGUCCACUCGAGACUACUUGCGACCGGUAUCCACCGAGCCCGAUGGCCAUCCUAUUUGCGUGACAUAGUCAGAGUAUUGAAGCCAGGAGGAUGGGUUCAAAUAGUCGAAAUAUACUUCAAUGUGCAGUCCGACAAUGGCUCCCUCACUGACGACCACGCCCUGAGACGGUGGAGCACACACUAUAUGCGUGCUCUGGAGGAUAGGAAGGACCUUCGGAUAGGUUCGAAAUUGAGAACGCUCAUGACAGAGGCAGGGUUUGAAGAGGUAGACAUAAAGAUGAUCCCUCUUCCUUUGUGUCCAUGGGGGAAUGAUGCAAGAACGCAAAACAUCGGCCGAUCCAACCACGAGAACAUCAAACAACUGCUUCGAUCACUCGCCCUCUACCCAUUGACACAACGUCUGCAUAUGUCGCCACAGAGCUUCGAAUCCCUUAUCACACAGGCACAACGGGAGGCGGGUGACCUCACGUUGAAACCAUACUUUCCCUUAUACGUUUGCAUUGGACGAAAGCCAUAG